UCGCGGCCGCGCCGGGUAGUGGUUGGCGCAGGCCCCGCCUCCCGGCCGCGUUGUCAAACGGGCCGGGGUCUCGGAUUGGCCCAGCCGCCGGGACAACACCUGCUCGACUCCUUCAUUCAAGUGACACCAGAGCCUCCGGGGAUAUUUGAGGCACCGGCCCCGCCGCUGGCCGGCACUCGGCAGCGCGGCCAGCGCCUGAUCACAUGGUCUCCGGAGAGCUGCGGGAGGGCGCCGGGUAACCUCCAGCCGAGCGCGCGGCGCGGCCGCGAGGAGGAGGGACACGGCGAGCACGGGAGGAACACAAAGAACCCAGGUCUCCGGGCGCGAGGCCCGCCCCGAGAACCAUGUGCGCCGAGCGGCUGGGCCAGUUCGUCACCCUGGCUCUGGUGCUGGCCACCUUCGACUCGGCGCGGGGAACCGACGCCACCAACCCGCCCGAGGGUCCUCAGGACAGGGGAUCCCAGCAGAAAGGUCGCCUGUCCCUGCAGAACACAGCGGAAAUCCAGCACUGUUUGGUGAGUGCCGGCGACGUGGGCUGUGGCGUGUUCGCAUGUUUCGAGAACAACUCCUGUGAGAUCCAGGGCUUGCAUGGACUCUGCAUGACUUUCCUGCAUAAUGCGGGGAAGUUCGAUGCCCAGGGCAAGUCCUUCAUCAAAGAGGCCCUGAAGUGCAAGGCGCACGCGCUGCGGCACCGCUUUGGCUGCAUCAGCCGCAAGUGCCCGGCCAUCCGGGAGCUGGUGCUGCAGCUGCAGCGGGAAUGCUACCUCAAGUACGACCUGUGCUCGGCCGCGCGGGCCAACGCGCACGUCCUGGCCGACAUGAUCCACUUCAAGGACCUGCUGCUGCAGGAGCCCUUCGUGGAGCUGGUGAACCUGCUGCUGGCGUGCGGGGAGGAGGUGAGGGCGGCCGUGGCCCGCAGCGUCCGGGCGCAGUGCGAGCAGAGCUGGGGCGGCCUGUGCUCCAUCCUCAGCUUCUGCACCUCUGCCCUGCACAGGCCCCCCACGGCCGCUCCCGAGCGCCAGCCCCCGGGGGACAGAGCCCGGCUGACCAGGGCCCAGCUUGGGGACGCGGAGCCCGGCGGUCGGGAGCCUGGCCGCGGAGCCAGGGGCGAGCGCGGCGGCCGGAGCCCCGUCCACGCCCUCUCCCGGAGCCAGGCUGCAUGGGGGCCUGGGGCCCCGGGAGCCCCUGGGAGCAGCAGUGAGGGCGAGGGGGGACAGCCUGAGGACUCGGACAUCCGGAGGUGAGACGCCAGCCUGCCCUCCGUGCCGUCCCUUUUCUUCUCUGUGGACAUUCCAAGGACAUUCGCCAUCAC